AAGGAUGGUUGCCGUGGUGUCCAAUCAUUUCUCCUAGUGAUGGUACGCCCCUCACAAAUUUGGAAGGCAACUGAACCUGAAUAACAAGUGUAUCUAUGUCUAACUCUGAUCUACAAGCUCUCGAAUGGCUUUCAAUUCUUAACAUUACAACCCCAUUUCUUUUUCAUUCCUUUAAUUUUCUCACCAUUUCCGCUCUUCCAUCCUUUUCUUGAUACCCUUUUCCCAUUUCCCUCUUUACCCCCCAAAGAUCGCAGCCUUUUCGCUCAUGGCUGAACCCACCCCUCUUUUGCCACUGCAAUUGAUUUAAUUCAUGGAGGCUGAUAACAGUUCUUAUUCAACUUCGAAGUUCGAUUCUUGUUCGGGUUCGACCCGGCUGCGGUUCACCAUUGAGUUGAGGCCUGGUGAGACCACAAUUGUUUCGUGGAAGAGGCUGAUCAAAGAUACUCACAAAGAUGACCCUCCUUUGGCUCAAGAGACUCAGAAGGUUCAGGAUGCUUUGGAUGAAUUUUUCCAAGAUAAGAAGGCAGCCACUAAGCACAAUGAUGUUACUGAUUAUAAGGGCAAAUCAGAAAAGUUAAAUGAACGCACUGAUUCUGCUGAAGGCCAACUGAAAAAGCAGAAAUGUGUUCCAAAAGCUGUAGGAGAGAAGACCGAUGAUCAUGCACCAAAUAAGCAUGCAAAAUUAGGUCAUGCGAGGGCGAAAGUUGCUGCAAAGAAUUUACUGUUGGGGAAACAACCUUCAAGUCUCUCCCAAAAUUUUGCUGCUAACAAUGAAGAAUAUCAUCAUAGAAAAUCACAGAAUUCAUCCAAUUCUCCAACAGGAUUCUUCAGAAAGAAGCUUGCCGAUACUAGCAUUAAAUUUGAUUAUUCUUUCUAUGCAGGAAUCCCAAAUAAUGAUGCUUCUGUACUUAAUCUAAAUUCAAAAGAUGCUGAAAAGCAAAGGAUUGGAAUUGUUCACUGCAGAAGUUUAGGGAACAAAUUAAAAGAUGAGAAUAAAUUCUAUAGCGAUAUCAAUUUGAGAUGUGAUGAUAAAAGUGCUUCUAAGAAACUAGAGCCUCAGGCCAACAGAAUAUUAACUGGCACUAGCGAAUUCGAAUUCUCAACCAAUGAUUGGCCAAGAGAGAAAAAUGGAAUUACUGGACUGCCUGACCUUAAUAUUCCUGCUUCUCCCUUUGAGUCAGUGAAAAUGGCCUCUUAUUUAAAGGAUGUCUCGUGUUUGAGGCAAAAAGGUUCAUCCCUUGAAAGGGCCAUCAGGGAGUUGGAGAAACUAGUUGCAGAAUCAAGACCACCUAAUGUAGAAGUUAAGGAAGCUGACACUACAUCCAUAGCUAUCAAAAGAAGAUUGCCCCGUGACGUGAAGCAAAAGCUUGCUAAAGUUGCUACACUGGCGCAGUCAAGCCAAGGGACAAUAUCCAAUGAGUUAGUUGAUCGACUUAUGAGUAUUCUUGGGCAUCUAGUGCAGCUUAGAACCCUGAAGAGAAACUUGAGAGAGAUGGUUCUACUUGGUCUGUCAGCUAAGCAAGAGAAAGCUUAUAGAUUUCAACAAAUCAAAAUGGAGGUCACUGAGAUGAUCAGACUUCAGGCUUUCAAACAAAGUGAUGGAGCAGCUGAUAUUUUUCAGGAAGCAUUUGGUUCAGAGGAAAAAAGACUUGUCAGAGAAAAUUUAAUUAUGAAUAGUGCACUGGAGGAUAGAAUGUGUGAUCUUUAUGAUCUAUACAUCCAGGGAAUGGAUGAAGACAAAGGUCCACAAAUUGGAAAGUUAUAUACUGAGCUUUCAGAGUUAUGGCCAAUUGGAGUCAUGGACAGUCUCGGGAUAAAGAAAGCAAUAUCUAGGGCGAAGGACCGUCAAAGGGCAUCACAUGGUGAUGAGGUUCAAGAAAAAAGAAGUAAGAAGUUUGCCAUGUCAAAUAACAAGGACAAUAUUGAGGGAGAAGUUAGCUCAAUGUCUCAACCACUAGCUUUUUAUGAGAAAAUGGUUCCUGAGACUAAAACACACAUGGUAGCCAUUCCAACGAGAGCAUCAAAAGUUUCAACUAUGGAUUUGCAUAAACAAGAGAGGCUGGCAUGCCUGGUGUUAAGAGAGCAUGUAAAACAGUAGCUGGUGGAACCAGAAAGUAGUAAACGAGCCAUACAGAACACAAAUAAGCAAUCUCACAAAUCCCAUAAGCAACCAGUUGGCUGUGCCUACUAACAAUAGAAGACCUUGCAAGCAUGUUUUAUCAUAUAAAGGUGUAAAGUUAUUCUUAUGAUUCUGGGGAAUUAAUGGAAAAAUUGCAGGGAGUUAAGAUUUCUUUCUGCACUGUGAUUUCUCUCUUGCCGUAAAAAAAUACCUAAUGAAUAACUUGCAUCGGUAUAGAGGUAAUAUUAUGGUUAUAUAGCAAGAUUAGAGUUGUUAGAUAGGAAUUAAUAGCUGGAAGCUGUAAUUUUUCUAGGUUGUUUGGGCACUUUAGAGGAAGGGUUUGCAGGAACCACUUUUAAUUGUUUAUUUAAGUUUCUUACUUGAUAAAGUUUUUAUGGCUUUUUAUAUCUGGUAUGGUUGCUUGUAUAUGAGGCAGAUAAUGUUGCUUUUAUUCUGUUUUGUUUUCCCUGUAAUAAAAACGUGAUUCUUCCACGGAA